UUCCCUCCGUGUCAACUUGCCGUCCAAGCAGUGCUGUGAGUUAAAGUGAAGAUAUGCAACCUUAAUUUGGAGGGAAUAUUUUGCAACAACGCUAUUUACACAGUUCACUAUGUUAGAUCAAGGACAGUUACUAUAACUGGGGUUGUUGUUGGUCUUUCUUAGAGAAGAAGAAAGAACCAACUCUAUCUUUGAUAAACAUUUUUUAAUACAGCGUUAAACAGGUUGGCGUGAAAUAAAUGUCACUCAAAUAUGAUGAAUUGCUUACAAUAAAUAUCUCGUUUUGUGUAUAUUUCUAAGUCAGAUUUCUCGUCAAUCAUUACAUGCCGACUGUGGCUGAUGUUGACUGCUUGAUGUAUUGUGUAGAUCUAUACUGAAAAAUUACACCUCAGUGUAGGAGGGCCAAAAUGCAAAACGCCAAAAUGUGUGGCAGAGAACCAACACAGCGUCACUCUUCAAUCAACAGAGACAGACAUGUUUUAUUUUAUUUUAGUUUUAUUUUACACUGCAGAUUUUCAUCCACUCAACAAGUCUUUACGUUGAUGCCAUCGUCAUUGUUGCCUCCAAGUCGAUUAAUCUGAGAACGCCUUUUUUGGUAUAUUGAACAAUAAAUGUUAUUUCACUCUGUGUGUAAUUUGUUGUGUUUUGUGGCUGUUUGAAGUACUUUGUGCACUAAGUGCUCAUAGCAAACCUCAUCUCACUCAAAAGCUCCAGAGAGAAAAGCAGCUUUAACGUGAAGCCUGACCUACAGGAAAGGCUUCGUUAAAGCGUCGCUAAGGGUUUCUAUGGUUUCAUGUAGUUUGCGACCAGUUUAAAAAAAACUGGGUGGGUCUUUAAUGAGCUCCGUUGUGAAUAAAGCAAUAUAAUAACAUUUUUCAGCGCACUAGGAUCAGCUGCUUUCUACAUUUUGAGAGAGAACAAACAAUGCUGUACGUUUGAAUGUGCUGGUCAGGUUCUGUGACAUGAGCUGUUAGUUGUUUAUUGUACUGUUUAUGAUAUUAUUAUGUCUUUGUGAAACACAUUUAUGGAUGGUGAAGUUAAUGAAACUUAUAUAACCCUUGAAGGACAUGUAGAGUUGGACAGAUUCAGAUAUCUUUAUUUUGCAGUCAUGCUAGCAGCGUAUGUUUGUAUCGUCGUCUGUAACCUGACCAUUGUGUAUGUUAUAUGGACGCAUGAAAACCUCCAUGAGCCCAUGUACGUUUUCAUCGCCGCUUUGCUUCUGAACUCUGUUGUUUUCAGCACUAACAUCUAUCCCAAACUGCUGUCAGAUUUUCUAUCUGAGAAACAGAUUAUAUCAUAUUCGGCUUGUUAUUUGCAGUUUUUUCUCUUUUAUUCUCUAAGCGGCUCAGAGUUUUUACUGCUGGCAGCAAUGGCCUACGAUCGUUACGUGUCCAUAUGUAAACCUUUACAAUAUGCAACAAUAAUGGGGAGAAACACGGUUAGUAUUUAUUUGAGUUUGGCUUGGCUGGUGCCUGCCAGUGUGACCGGUGUGCAGGUGAUACUGAGCUCCAACAUUAAACUGUGUAGACUGAAUUUGGAUGGGGUCUUGUGUAACAAUUCAAUCUACCAUAUGUACUGUGUAAGCUCAAACGUCCACAUUGUAUUUGGUGCUCUUUCUGUGGCUUUCAUUGCUUUUUUCUCCCUGAUUUUUAUCGUUUUUACUUACAGCAGAAUAUUGAUCAUAUCCUAUCGUAGCUCUAAAGAAGUCAGAAAGAAAGCUGCUCAGACCUGCUCGCCCCACUUGCUGGUGCUGAUCAGUUUCUCCUGUUUGUGUGCGUUUGAUGUCAUCAUAGCUCGACUGGGAUCCAACCUUACAAACUUAAUCCGUUUAAUAAUGACUUUACAGGCAGUUUUGUAUCAUCCUCUAUUAAACCCAGUCAUAUAUGGUUUAAAAAUGAAGGAGAUAUCAAAACAACUGAAAAGGUUGUUUAAUCAAACUAAAGCUCAAUAAUGACAAAGUUGAUGUAUUGAUCUUAGUCUAUCAUCUGACACUUAUCGUUGGUAUUCCUAACUUUUUUAAAGUUAAUAUUAAAAUGUUAAGAUGUACAUCUAUAGUUUAAGGGAAGUAUGUGUGAAUUUUACAAAUGGCUGACAAAAACAACAGUAACACACAUUUGCUUAACCACAGAAUCUUGAAGACCGUCCAUCUCCUGUUGAAUGUUUUCAUGAUUGGUCCCAAGUUCCUAGUAUUAUGCUUUCUGUCUUUGAAUUAAACGCGUUUUCCAAAUGUG